AUGGUAAACACUCUAAAAGCGCGGCGAGGACAAAUUAGAGGCAAUUUAACACGAUUUUGGACGUAUGUGUCUACUCCGGACAAUGAUCCUAAGCAAAUAAGUAUACGACGACCAAAGAUUGAAGAAGCAUGGGAAGAGUUUCAACAGGUACAGUCGGAGAUUCGGGAUGAGGAAGAUGCAAAUGAACAUGAAGAAUAUCAAGUAGAUUUCGAAGAGUUAUAUUUCAAGGCAAUGGCCAAAGCGGAAGAGAGACUUCAACAAUCAGAAAUAAAAGAAAACUUGUCCAUCGACACACAAGUAGGAAAAGAAAAAAACGGUGUAAGAGAGAUAAGUAAUGCCGUACCAUCGAUAAAAUUAGCUGCGUUACAAAUACCCGUGUUCUCAGGUGUAUACUCCGAAUGGGCUCCGUUCUAUGAUAUAUACACCGCACUGGUUCACAAUAACAAACACCUGACAACAAUAGAAAAAUUUAUUCAUUUACGUGCGUCACUAUCUGACGAUGCGGCGAACUGUGUCAAGAACCUAGAGACCACAGUUAAUAAUUAUGAACACGUUUGGAACAGUUUGGUUACGAGAUACAAUAAUAAAAAAUUAUUAGUACAAACACACGUAAAAGGUAUUUGUGAUUUACCUACAGUCAAAGCGAGUUCGUCCACGGGCUUGCGACAAUUUUCAGAUGGUUUACGUGGUCAUAUAUCGGCCUUAAGAGCAUUGGAUCAACAACCGUCAGAGUGGGGACCGUUGUUAACACAUAUUAUAUGUACUAAAUUAGACGCAGUCACUAUAAGCGAUUGGGAAACGAAGUGCGGGAGAGACGAAAUCAAAAAGGUCGACGAAUUAAUCGAAUUUUUAGAAGCACGUAAAAAAGGCACAAAAAAUACCACAUCAUCUACUUCAUUUGUCAACACCUCGGAAAUAAAAUGUUACGUAUGUCAACUAUCGCACACUAUAUACAAGUGUCCCAAGUUUAUCGCACUAUCAGCGAUCGACCGAAUUAAAAAGGUAAACGACCUUAAUUUGUGCAACAUUUGCCUCCGGCGUCACGACAAAAGGAAAUGUCUUGGGCGAAAUUGUCUAAGGUGUUCCAAGCCACAUAAUACAAUGUUACACAUAAACAAUUACAAACACCAACCAAAUUCAACGAGUGAAACAUCAGAAGCAAACAGUAAAACUGAGGGAGAAACACCUGCCUUAAGCACGGUGACCGCCCACGCAUUCGCGUCGGGUGAACAGGUGUUAUUAGCUACGGUAGUAGCCCUAGCUGUGAGUCCCUACACGAAAACGACAACAUGUCGUGCUUUAUUAGACUCCGGGUCUCAGAAAAAUUUUAUAACGGAAGAGAUGGUGCAGACACUACGUUUAAAAAGAAAUAAAAUUAAACACGUAAUCAGCGGUAUCGGUGAAAUAGUACAACAUGCGUCGUCGUCAGUAUGGUUAAAAAUAAAAUCCCGCGUAAGUGAUUACGCGGUAUUUCUACCAAUGAUAGUAGUACCAAAGAUCACGGGUCAAUUACCUCCGCGAAAUAUAACAACAACAUGUAACGUUCCCGAUAACAUUAAAUUGGCCGAUCCACAUUUUAGUACGCCCCAAAAAAUCGACAUAUUAUUAGGCGCAACGCAUUUUUAUCAAUUUUUAUGUGAUGGACAAAUACGUCCCUCGACGACUGGGCCGUUAUUCCAAGAAACAGUAUUUGGAUGGGUGGCCGCUGGAGCAAUAUCGGAAAAUAGUUUAUCAAAGGCAUCGACUUCGAACACGUUUUUUAGCGCAACCGAUAGUGAAUCCACGCUAGAGAACGCAUUACAACGAUUUUGGCUGAUUGAAGACGUAAGCGAUACACCACCUUAUACGAUCGAGGAGCGUACUUGUCAAGAAUAUUUUAAUAAGACCGUUAUUAGAAAUGACGAGGGACGUUUUGUCGUACACCUACCGUUUCGGGUCGAUUUAAUAAAACUAGGAAAGUCGUACGAAAUCGCAAAACGUCGCUUCUUAGCAAUAGAACGUAAGUUCCAAAAAGAUAAGGAAUUAAAGAAAGAAUAUUUUUCUUUUAUGAAAGAGUAUGAGUCAUUAAACCAUAUGGAACGGGUAGAUGAGAGCGAACUCGAAAAAGAAGAUCAAACGUGUUACUUGCCCCACCACGCCGUUAGAAAAGACAGUAGCACGUCUACAAAGUUGCGGGUAGUGUUCGACGCAUCUUGCAAAACAGAUAACGGUAUUAGUCUUAAUGACGUGUUAUUAAAGGGCCCGGUUAUCCAAGACGAUUUAUUAUACAUUAUUUCACGAUUUCGAACUCAUAAUUACGUUUUAACGGCCGACAUAGUUAAAAUGUACCGGCAAAUAUUAAUGACUGAUAAACAUCGCGAUUAUCAAAGAAUAUUAUGGCGCACGGACCCUAAUCAACCUAUACAAAUAUAUUGA